AUGGUUGCAAAAUCCGUCCCUAAACCGAAGACGCAUAAACCAGCCUCGAAGAAAAAGCAGGUCUUAAAAUUCAGUAUAUGCAUUUCGCCCGGAGUUAUGGAUGAAGACAUAGUUAGCCCGAGUUUACUAGAGAAAUAUUUAAAAGAACACAUAAAAGUGAAUAAAAAGCUUAAUAAUCUAGGGAAAGAUGUUCAUGUUGAACGUGAUAAAUCAACCAUACAUGUUACCGCAAACAUCCCUUUCUCUAAAAGGUAUCUUAAAUACCUGACGAAGAAAUUCCUCAAACGUCACAAAUUGCGGGAUUUCCUUCGCGUCGUAGCGAAAUCAAAGGACUCUUAUGAAUUUCGGUUCUUUAACUUUGAAAAUGAAGAUACGGAUGAUGAAGAGGAGAACUAG